CUGAAGAGCAGAAGAAGCACAUCCAGCAUCAUAACCCAUCACCCAAAGCAAACAAACCCUCUUUCAAGUACUUGGUUAACAAAGAAGAGAGAGAAAAUUUGCAUAAGCAAAAGGAAAGAAGGAAGCUUUUCUUUCCUCUCUCUCUCUCUCUCUCCUUCUCUCUACUUGCUGGAAACGCAGACGUAUAGUUAAGCCACCGGAAAGCUGACGUAAGACAAUGGACGUUGACUUCUGGUCACCUAAAGUUCACUCUUCCAAGCAUCUCUCUGUACUUCGUGCUGCUCGUCUCAACUCCGAUGGACAUUAUGAUGAUUUUGAUGGAGAUGAAGAUACAAGAGCAUGCUUUCCAUGCCCCUUCUGUUAUGUAGAAAUUGAGAUUCAUGCUCUCUGUAACCAUUUGCAGGAAGAACACUGCUUUGACUUGAAAAAUGCGGUUUGUCCUCUAUGUGCAGCAAAUCUUGGUAAAGACGUGAUUGGACAUUUCAUAGUGCAACACGCUAGUUCAUUAAAGCGAAGGAGAAAAUCCCAAAAGUCUGGCCUCUGGCCUGGUACUCCUGCUGCACUUAGCAGGGAACUGAGCUCAUUUAUUGGUUCCUCAACUGGCGGCAGGGGUAAUGCACAUGAAUCUGAACCUGAUCUGCUCUUUUCACCUUUUCUCUGUAAUGCACCUGUUUCAGACACUAAGGAUAUUUUGCGGGAUAAAUGCUCUGACGAUGAAACUUCUGUUGCUUCUAAUUUGAAAAGAAUUGAACCACCUUUUUUGGACAAGGAUCAUGAACAGAAUACAGAAGAGAGAAGGCAAAGAGCCGCAUUUGUUCAACAGUUGGUCAUGUCAACCAUCUUUUAAGGUUCUCAUCUAGUCCCUAUGAAUCUCAAACUAUUACACAGGAACAAAGUCUUUGUUGAUAUCAGUUGCUGGCUUGCAGCUCACCUGGCUGUGUUAAUCAACACUGGGUUUUUAGCACUGGUGAUGGUUCUAGGAGGUCGAUCAUCAUAAUCAGUAUUAUCUGGGAGGAACAGCUCGUGAAACGCAACAUGGUAUGUUCAUCAAAAAACGAUGUAUGUACGUAUGUAUGUAUAAGGCCUAUAUAGUCAAAUAAAUAUAUGUAGCCAUUGAAAGGCCACAGCUUUAUAAGGGGUGUAGAAACAUACUCUAUUUUUAAGUUUUAAAAGCUGAGUUAAUGUCUUUUUUAUGUUUCCUGA